CAAACUUUGUUUCCAUGAUCCAUCGCAUAUGUUGUCUUCUUGGAAAGGCAAUGACUGUUGUGAAUGGAGAGGAGUAGGCUGUGACAAAAAUAGUGGAUAUGUUGUCUCACUUCAACUCCAGGGAUCAAUAUCUGAUCAACUUUAUUGGUACGGUAUUGGCAAACAACAACCUCUAUUGUAUUUGAUUGAUGAUGUAGAGGAGGUUGUUUCAAGUUUGCUCAAGCUGAGAUACUUGGAACACCUAGACUUGAGCAACAAUAAUUUCAAUUGUAAUCUUAUUCCACCCUCUUUUGGCUUGAUGAAGCAGCUGAGGUACCUAAAUCUCUCUUUUGUGCAAUUUAGAGGAAGAAUCCCUAGUGAACUUGGAAAUCUUUCAAGGCUUCGUGCUCUUGAUCUUUCUCAGUAUUAUGGGGGAUUGCAUGUUGGUGAUGACAUUCAGUGGAUUUCUCAUCUCUCCUCUUUGCAACGACUUGAUAUGAAUGGAGUAAAUCUAAGCCAUGCCUCAUCAAACUUGUUCCAGGUACUUGGCAUGCUUCCUUCACUAUCAUGGUUAAGUCUGUCAUGGUGUAGUCUAAAAAAUUAUCAAUUGCCAUCUCGCAACCAUCCCCUUAAUUUUACAUUGCUUGACAAUAUUCAGCACUUAGCUCUUUUCGCUAACUUUUUCCAAGGUCCAAUACCUAUAUUUAUCCAAAACAUGACUUCCUUGAUAUUUCUUGGUCUUUCUGGCAAUCAAUUGAAUGGGAGUAUUCCAGAUAGCAUCGGACAACUUUUUAGGUUAGAGAGGAUAUAUCUUUCUACCUAUCAAUUAAGUGGAAGUAUUCCAGAUAGCAUUGGACAACUUUCUAAGUUAGAGAGGAUAGAUCUUUCUACCAAUCAAUUGAUUGGAAGUAUUCCAGAUAGCAUCGGACAACUUUUUAAGUUAGAGAUGCUAGAUCUUUCUGACAAUCAAUUGAGUGGAAGUAUUCCAAAUAGUAUCGGGCAACUUUCCAAGUUAGAGAUGAUAGAGCUUUCUCACAAUCAAUUGAGUGGAAGUAUUCCAGAUAGCAUCGGGCAACUUUUUAAGUUAGAGAGCAUAGGUCUUUCUGUCAAUCUAUUGAGUGGGAGUAUUUCAAAUAGCAUCGCGCAACUUUCUAAGUUAGAGAGGAUAGAUCUUUGUUGCAAUCAAUUGAGUGGAAGUAUUCCAGAUAGCAUCGGGCAACUUUCCAAGUUAGAAAGGAUAGAUCUUUCUCGCAAUCAAUUGAGUGGGAGUAUUCCAUAUAGCAUUGGGCAACUUUCUAUGUUAGAGAGCAUAGAUCUUUCUGGCAAUCAAUUGGGUGGGAGUAUUCCAGAUAGCAUUGGGCAACUUUCUAAGUUAGAGAGCAUAGCUCUUUCUGAAUUUCCUGAAUGGCUUCAAUUGCCAAAGACAAUAUUCAUGGUUGAUCUCUCCAAUCUUAGCAUCUCAGGUCCUCUUCCAGAAAACAUAGAUCUUGCGGACAACAAUCUAACAGGAAGUAUUCCUCCUUGUUUUGGAAAGUUUCCACUUAUGGUGAAUGCAACAAAAGUGAUCCAUGACGAUUCUGGGUAUUGGGAUCAAACACUUUUGAUGGAGGUUGUGAAAGGGAGAUACCUUGAGUAUACAAAAAAACCUUUGAGACUUGAGAUGAGUAUAGAUCUUUCGAGUAACAAUCUAAUGGGAUCCAUACCAGAGGAGCUAAUUUUCCUUAAGGAUUUGCACAAUUUGAAUCUGUCUUGGAAUCAUCUCUCAGGAAAGAUUCCUGAGAAAAUUGGACAAAUGGAGAAUUUGGAAUCUCUUGAUUUCUCAAAGAAUGCCCUCUCAGGAAUGAUUCCGAACAGCAUGUCAGGUUUAACCAAGUUAAGCCACCUCAACUUGUCCUACAACAACUUGUCAGGGCCAAUUCCAACAGGCUAUCAACUCCAAACACUCGACGAUCCAACCAUAUAUGCUGGCAAUCCUCAACUCUGUGGAGCUCCAUUCUUGAAGAUAUGCCCGAAUAAUGCACUACCUCCAACAACUACCAACUUUAAGGACAACAAUGAAGGUGCACUUAAAAGAAUGUGGUUUUACAUUGUCGUGAUGUUAGGCUUUUCAACUGGAUUCUGGGGAGUUGUGGGAACUUUGAUUUUGGUGAAAAGUUGGAGAUAUGCUUAUUUUCAAUGGGUGGAUGAUGUCCAACACUGGAUACUUGUGGUUAUAACAUUGAAGGUGGCACAAUUCAAGAAGAUGUUCAAUGGCAAUCGAGAUGAUCAAUGAGUUAUAUGUGGAGUAUGUUGUUGUUGCUAUAUUAAGUUAGUUGAACAACCUCAUGUUGUAGGUUAUGGUGUUGGGUCCAACUUUGAAUGGCCCAACAUUGAAUAGGCUAAUUUUAAAUAAACACACUUGUAAAGUUUUCAAUAAUAUAACAUAGGCUAUAGU